UGACAUAUGUAUGUGAGUCAUUGACAUUUAAAUUUAAUAUAUUUCAUCAUAUUAUUUCAUAUAUGUAUAAAAACCUAGUAUAAUUUUACUAAGAUUUAAUUACCAUUAAAAUGAGUGAAUUCGAUCCAGAAUUAGGAGAACUGGCGGAUGAAGAUUGUAUGUUACCGCCCAUUAAAUACGAGUAUUUGGACCAUACAGCUGACGUUCAGCUACAUGCUUGGGGAGACAGCCUAAAAGAGGCAUUUGAGCAAUGUGGAAUGGCUAUGUUUGGCUACAUGACGGAACUAGACUAUGUAACAAUCAGACAAGUGCAUACUAUUGAAGCUACAGCAGAUGACAUGAUAGGCCUCCUAUACCACUUCCUUGAUGAAUUGCUCUAUCUGUUUUCUGUUGAACCUUACUUAAUAUGUAAAAAGCUAACAAUCACAGAGUUCAACACAGAAGAGUUCAGAAUAGUUUGUAAGUGUUAUGGUGAAGAGUUUCAGAUAGGCAAGCACCCACAAGGCACAGAAAUCAAAGCCAUCACAUACUCAGCUAUGCAGAUUGUAGAGGAACCUAAGGAUAAUAAGUUUGAAGUAUUUGUUAUUGUUGACAUAUAAAUAAAUUAUUUUUUUAUUUACAA